UUAAAGAGGAUGUUCUGGAUUUAAAAUGUGCUGCCAGCAGACCGAGACUGACUAACCAACUGUGUGAUCGUUAGACUCUAAAAAUGUGCAGAUAUAUUAGUCUACUUAUUCAAUAACAGUUCAUGCAAAAUUAACAGCAUGAAGCAUGUUUACCGUGAUUGUUUUUGAAGCCUUAUUAAAGCUUUAAAAGUCGAAGGAAAAUGUUAUUUAACCCAAUUAUUUAAGCUACAAAAGACCGCUUCAUGAUUUCUAUUUUCUGGGUGUAUAUUCACACCCCUUUCUCUUAUUAAUAUUGCUAAUCUAUUAAUAAAUAGUCAUAAUAACCACAAAGUAUCACGGUAUAAAUAUUAACGAACCCAAAAUAGGGAACUUUAAUCUGCCAUGUCUGCAGCUGUAAACAUGAACAUGUUUAAAACCUACAUUUCAGAAGGUGACAGGUCAGACCUUGUCACGGUAAAAGCCUAAAGCUGCCACAUUAGCCUAGAAGGGUGAUGUGUCCAAGUGCAUCAUAUGAUUUAAUUAAUUCAUCACCUGCAGGAGUUUAUUUCUUCUGAAUAAAACCAGUAACAUUUUAAGAGUGUCACAGUAACCUCAGAGUUUUAAACAGCAUUAUUAAGUGACGUUUCGUGCUGUUGCAUCGUGUGAUUUUUUAAUUUUUUUAUUUUAAACUUGAACACCUGGAUUAACUUUUCUUUUGUAGCAAGAGUAACCAUAGACUGGAAAUAAUUACACCUUUAAGUUGCCAUACUCAAGGUCAGAUGCAGUACUACAAAAAAUGAAACUAAUCUGGCCAAAAUUGGCACAAUCAGUCCUUAAAUGAGCAAAGCAAUGCAGUCCUGACUGUAUAGGACGUAAAAAUUAACCUGCGGAUUGACUGCUGACGACUUGAGCAUUUCGCUGCUGUUGCAUGCGUUUUCAGUGUGUCAGGAUGUCGCGUCUGAAAGUGACACAAAGCUGUCCGCUGCCAGACGGACUGCUAAACUGUGCCUGCUGCCUUAAGACAGAAAUGGUCCGGGAACUGAAACGUAUCCCCGCUGGCAUCAUUAGAGAAAUAUUUUGUGGGGUGCACUGUACGCUCGUACCCCUGAACAUAUCAGUUUUGUUUCUCUUGGCUCACUCAUGUGGACUCUGUUCUGCCUCUGCUAAGCCAAACAGACUUAGGAAUGGGGAUGUGUGCCAAAGCAUGCAAUGCGAAAUGUUUUAAAAAGAACUUCAUACAGGGUUGAAAAGAGAAGUUAUGGAAAGAAAGGCCUUCGGGUCAGGACUUGAGCAGUUAGUAACGUUCUCUGCCUGAAAAAUAGGAGCGUUUCUGCCCACCUGGUCAAACCAGCUUCUCGAUAAAGCACUGCUAGGUUUGUGCUUGCAUUGUGCCAUCGUAGUCAACCAGGGAAGAAAACAAUUAAGCUGGCUGUCGUAAUCUUGCGUGAGCCUCUCUCUCGGGCAGCAUGCCCAUCAUGCUGACUUGUGGUUGGAGAUCUUAAGGAAAAGCCUGACAUCACUCCCCCCCCCCAAAAAAAAAAGAAAAAACUCACCGAAUGCAACUUGGAAGCAUCCUCCCUGCUAUCAGUGAUGAAGAUGAAGUGAUGGCUGAACCCCGCUUUAACAACCCUUAUUUUUGGCCUCCCCCUCCUGCCAUGCCUGGUCAGCUGGAUAACCUAGUAUUGAUCAAUAAAAUCAAGGAGCAGCUGAUGGCGGAGAAGAUCAGACCGCAUCAUCUGCCCCCUGCUUCAGCCCCUUCCCAGCAGCCUCUAUUGGCUACCUCCAGCCAGCCAGAAGGCGGCCAGCAUGGGAUAUCCAAAGCCCAGCAGAUGCCUGUUCUUCACAACCACAGCCCAUCUCAGCCUGAUAUCGCCCUGCACGCCCGCCCUGCCUCCAGCUCAGUCACAGGCCGUAUUCUUGGAGAUGUAAACUUGAAUCUAGAUGACAAGGCAGCUAUAAAAGCCAGAGGAUUAUGGGAAGACUGGCAUCUGCGUCAACUCAUAGAUCAUCCUUCCAGAACAAACCACGUCUCAGGUGUGGCGCUGGCAUCCAGAACAGGCAACCUAAACACCUCGGAGAUCAUCACCCCCACCACGCCCACCUCAAGCAGCCACAGCCGGCUGGGUGGAGCUCCCUCCCCUCACCUCAUCUCAGGGUUGGCCGGCCACGGCAUGGAGCCUGGGAAAAACAGCGGUGGACUCGUGGGACUCCUCGGUCCUCCUCCAAAGCAGGAACGAGGACGCAAGAAGAUAAAGGCAGAGAAUGGGUCAUCUCUUUUGGUGGUGCCCUACCCAUUUCUAGCCUCAGGCAACGACCAGUCGUGCAUCACCAUUGCUGCCAAAGAGGGAAAAACCUACAGGUGUAAAGUUUGUCCGCUGACCUUCUUCUCUAAGUCAGACAUGCAGAUUCACUCCAAAACACACACAGAGGCGAAGGCUCACAAGUGCCCUCACUGCACCAAGUCCUUUGCGAACGCGUCCUACCUAGCCCAGCACCUGCGCAUACACCUGGGCGUCAAACCUUAUCGCUGUACCUACUGUGAGAAAUGUUUUCGCCAGCUCUCCCACCUUCAGCAGCACACCAGAAUCCACACAGGGGAUCGGCCUUAUAAAUGUGCCCAUCCUGGAUGUGAAAAAGCUUUUACGCAGCUGUCUAAUCUGCAGUCUCACCAGAGGCAGCACAACAAAGACAAGCCCUUCAAAUGUUCCAACUGUUACCGUGCCUACUCAGACUCUGCCUCACUUCAAAUCCACUUGUCUGCACAUGCCAUAAAAAACGCCAAGGCCUACUGCUGCAGCAUGUGCGGCAGGUCGUACACCUCUGAGACCUACCUUAUGAAACACAUGUCUAAACACGCAGUGGUGGAACACGUGGUGUCUCAUCACUCCCCUCAUCACAGGACAGACUCUCCCGCCAUCCCUAUACGGAUCUCCCUCAUCUGAGCCCUUCACGCGUCUCCUGCCCUCCUGUUUUCUGUGACAUCGUCACUUUGGUCCUCUGAUGAACCACACAGCCCGCUACUGGGAUCCAAAAAAAUGUGCCAGAUUGCCAGUAUUUUGUGAUGAGGUGCUCUUUUAUUGAGUAUAUCCUCCUGUCCUUCCUUGCUGACCAGACAGUAUUAUCGGGGGCAUCCAAAGAUGAUUUCUCAGCACUUUCCGGCCUGAAAAUCACAGGCCUAAAAUUUCAUUUUUCUAUGUGACUUCACAGGAAAAAAAAAUGCUCCAGGCAGCUACAUGGAAAACCUUUUUAACCUUUUUUUUGUGUGUUUCACAGAUUUAUUUGUCUUUUUUAUACAGUCCUUUACUUUCUUUACUCUUUACAAAAUAAAUAUAUUUGCAUCAGAAAUAGUCUUCCAUUAGCUGAGUGGCCAAGUUAACAUAAAAGUGAAUGCUUAUAUACUGUGUAGCUAUUCAUGUAUAUCGUGCCACUUCUCAUGUCAGCUUCGUCAGCAACGUUUCAUCAACCACAUGACCGUAAUACACACAUCUUAUUAUUCUUAUUAUUUUCAGCCUGCUGCCAAGUUCAAUCUGAGCCGCUGUGACUCAUUAUCAAAUUUAGUUUUUAAUUCUUUUCUUCUUUUUUUUUUAAAUUUUAGUUUUUGUAUUGUUAAACAAAUAUGCUCAAAGCAAUCCUGGAGAACUCAGUUUAAUCUGGUCAAGGUUUAAAAGUUCUGAAUGAUGAGCACUGUUAUAAAGUGUCUCAUAAAAAUAUACUAAAUAAACCUCCAAGCCACUGAAAAAUGAAAUAGAAGCUGUCAUACAACGAAUGCAAGAGUUUCUGCAUUCAGUAGUGUUACAAAUGCAAGGAACAAUGUUUCAUUACUCCACCCAUAAAAGGCAAAAUACCAAAAACAGCCCUCACGUGAUAACCUUUAAUCACUCUAGCUUUCAAGGUUAUCUUCUAUUUCACCUCUGAGUCACUUUCUGUGCUUCUGUUAACUUUAGAUUGCUCCCAGGACCUGGGAGUAAACGGUGGACUGAAUUUCACUCAUUUACUCACAAGUUAAAUGUUUUGGGAAACAAGUGCACAUGCAGGGGGUGGAGGGCAAACACUGGUGGGAAACUGCCGUGUCUGCAAUGCCCCAUGGGCUAACGUCACAGUUCAGGUUGUUUACGCUGAAGAUUCUAGAUGUCUCUCAGAAAGUGACUGUAAAGCUCUGUGUUAUGAAUUGAAGGCUUAUGGUUAAAGAUAAAUGAGUAUGCUCCUGGUCAUGCUCUCAACCUGAUGCGCCACCUUGGGGCAUGAAUACCGUGGACUGUUCCGCUGAACACCGAGAUGAUGCUCAACAUAGAAGUCCAUUUGACACAGAACCUGCACAUGUAUGUGUGACUCUGAUGGGCAGUGCAAAUGGAAAAUGCAAGAUGGAAGCAGUACAGUGCUUCACAGGGGCCAAAUUUAAAAUCAGAGGUUUUUGCUUCUUAUGGGUGGAGUUAAAAAAUGUUAUAUGUUGUAACCCAAACAUGUGUUACUCUCAGUUUAAGUUAAAACUGAAAAAAUGGCAAUGUAUAAUCACUUAUCUUGCCAAAUUUAUAUUUGUUUGUGUGUGUGUGUGAGUGUGUGUGUUGUGCGCUAUUUGUUUUGUCUGUUUUGUAUUUAAUCUGGUCUUAAAAUAAACCAAUGUGGUGGCAAGACUUCCACCACCAUUAUUUGACAAUAAGCUUUUUCCUUCUUGGUUGUGUAAUCAAAGCAUCAGCCUUAUUUGAAUAUGUAUUUUUUUAAUUGAUUUAUGAAUGAAUAUUUUGUCAUUUUAUAUGCAUUUAAGCCUUAAUUUAGUUACAAUUCUACAUUUCAUUUUGUUGUUGGCUUUACAUUUGCCUUUUAUGUUAUAGCAUGACGUAUACUGUAAAUAAACUAUACCUACUGUCAACCCAUUUUAUAUUAAA